UGUAUUUAUUUUAAAAUUUGCAUUGUUAUUAAUUAACUUUGUCUUUGUGCAGUGGAUAAACAAUUUUAGCUCGUGCUCUUGGUUCAAAAGCCAAUACAGCAGCCUUCUAAAAGAAUCCACAGUCCGUUGAAGGGGAAUAACACUAGACUUGGGCUUCAGCGCAUUUGUUUUGGAGUCACUAAUGGAAGACAUGAAUGUGUGCCGAGUCUGUAUGACCAGAGAAAGUGAAUAUUCUGUUAAAUUGGUGAAUAUAUUCGACUGGAAGCCUGGGCUUGUCGUCGUAGAAGAUGAUAUGGACAUAGGCAACACUAGGCUUGAUGACAUGCUUAACGAGUGCUCCAACUGUGAAGUCAGACUUGAGGAUUCGCUGCCAAAUAAGAUUUGUUUACGCUGUGUUAUAGCAGCACAACACGCGUUUAAAUUCAAACGAAUGUGCGAGCACAGUCACCGCUUCUUUUGCCAGCUGCUCAAUAAGCACCAAAGAAGUCAGACGGAUGUGGCCACUAAUGAAAUGAAACUUACUAAAAACUCAGACGAAGGUCUAGCGAACAGAGCUAUAAGGGAUCACCCAGACAACGUAGAUGUCCCUUGCGACACAAAUGUAUAUCAGGAUGAGCUGGCUCAUACGAACUUUCGAUCAGAGAGCAGAGUAGAAUUUGGCGACGUAGAUUUAGGACCAGUAAAAAUAGAGCACGUGAUGGGCACUGAGGCGAUAGAGAAUGUGGAGGCCCAGCAAAAGGAGCUAGAUUACUUUACGGACGAGAAUGUAGCCAUAGGUUCUCCAAUUACGGUUGAUCGUCCAUACAAAUGCCCGCAUUGUCCGAAGUCCUUCGCCCAAAACCAGCAUCUGAAGCGACACAUCUCUGGACACAUGGGACAGCGUCCGCACAAAUGCCCCCACUGUCCAAAAGACUUCGCCCAGAGUCAUCAUCUCAAGCGACACGUUUGUACGCACACAGGGCAACCCUUUAAGUGUCCCCACUGCACAAAGGCGUUUCCGUUAAAUCAUCUGCUGGCGGAGCAUAUACGCGUUCACACUGGCGAACGUCCAUUUCAGUGUCCUCAUUGUCCAAAAGCAUUUACCCAAAAUCCCUACCUCACGGCGCAUAUUCGGAGGCAUCGCGGCGAGCGACCAUUUCAGUGUCCCUAUUGCCCAAAAGCGUUUGGAUUAAAUCACAUUCUUCAGACGCACAUCCGCGGACACAAAGGCGAUCGUCCACACAAAUGUAUUCACUGCUCGAAAGCCUUUACCCAGAAAUGCAAUCUCAAAAUGCACCAACGACGAUGUCCAGCGUUUGCUCGUCAAAAGACCGAGAAUUUAAUUAAGAAUCCUAGUGAAAACACAUAAAUAAUUCUGUUCACUUUCGCCAUUAUGUAUUAUAGUUGUUAUUGUAACCAUAUUUUAAAGUAGGAAUAAGCCCAUAUUUCAUAUCUUAUACAGUUGACAAGCUAA